GGCGUUCGCCGGGCUGAAGCGAGUACAUUAACCCCGGGAGGCGGCGGCGGCGAGGGAGCGAGCCUCGAGCGGGCGGGCCCAGCCUGAGGGAAGGGAGGAAGGGGCGGGGAGAGCGCCGGAGGGAGGCCGGUCGGCCGCGGGCGGGCGGGCAGCGCAGCGCCGAGCGGGGCCCGCGGGCCCAUGAGGAGGCCCGGGGACCAUGGGCUCCAGGAUCAAGCAAAAUCCAGAGACCACGUUUGAAGUGUAUGUUGAAGUGGCCUAUCCUAGGACAGGUGGCACUCUUUCAGAUCCUGAGGUGCAGAGGCAAUUCCCGGAGGACUACAGUGACCAGGAAGUUCUACAGACUUUGACCAAGUUUUGUUUCCCCUUCUAUGUGGACAGCCUCACAGUUAGCCAAGUUGGCCAGAACUUCACGUUCGUGCUCACUGACAUUGACAGCAAACAGAGAUUCGGGUUCUGCCGCUUAUCUUCAGGAGCGAAGAGCUGCUUCUGUAUCUUAAGUGGCGUUCUGUUCGAGGGCUGGGAAGCUGGACAGUUGGAAAGAGGUGUGUCUUCUGCACCAGCAGCCAGCCUCCGGGCUGUCUCCUGUAGGAGGAAGCUUCUUUUCUCCUCCUGGUCCUUUUCAAAGAAGACCAGCCUGGUUCAGCCUUCCCGCAAGCAACCUGAGCCCAGGAUUGUGGCUAUCUCCCCUGGUUCGAAGUAUUUUAUAAGCUACUUAACAUCUUGGCAGAUUACACGACAAAAGGACAGGAGAGUCAGUGGAAUGAGCUUCUUGAAACUCUGCAUAAACUUCCUAUCCCUGACCCAGGAGUGUCUGUUCAUCUCAGCGUGCAUUCUUAUUUUACUGUGCCUGAUACCAGAGAACUUCCCAGCAUACCUGAGAAUAAAUCUGACAGAAUAUUUUGUGGCUGUGGAUGUAAACAACAUGUUACAUCUGUACGCCAGUAUGCUCUACGAACGCCGGAUACUCAUCAUUUGCAGCAAACUCAGCACUUUGACUGCCUGCAUCCACGGCUCUGCCGCGAUGCUCUACCCCAUGUUCUGGCAGCACGUGUACAUCCCCGUCCUGCCUCCGCAUCUGCUGGACUACUGCUGCUGUGGCAUAAGAAUGAAAAGAAAAGAAACAAAAGCAGAUGGCAGAGAAAACGAAAGGAGUAAGACAUUUCCAGCCCUUAUGAAUAUUUAAAAACAUGUGCUGCUGGUUCCUUUCUACUUCAGAUCUGUGCCAUUCUCUUGACUUUGAAAGUGAAAAUGAGAAUGUUCCCUACCUUGACUGAUGGCAGCCCCGACCACAGCCAGUGUUGGGAGAGCCUUCCCAUUUCUGGGACAAAAGGAUUAACUUGCUGUUGAGAAUCAGCAUUCCAUUCCAUAAUAAUAAUCACCAUCUAUUGAGUACAGUGUAUGUGUCAAGCUCUUUAUAGACAUUAUUACAAAUCUUCAAAAUCAAUUUGUAUGGUAAAUAUUAUUGGCUCCAUUGUAUAGAUUAAGAAAUUGAAGCUCUGAGAGGUUUAGUGACUUACCUACUAUCACACAGCUAAGAAAUGGUAGAACCUGCACUUGAAAUCCAAGGCCAUUGAUGUGAAAGCUUUCCUUACUAAUAUCCUCCAGAGUGUUAGAGAAUAAGUUGUACCCAUCACCAAGAUUUUGUGAAAAAAUUCCUCAUGGUCACUUCUUGAUGACUUGCUAAUUGUAGACUUAUGUUAUCCUUUAUUAAUUAUUUAUUUAAUGGGCAAAUAUUUAUAGAGCACUUACUAUGUACCAAGCACUAUGCUAAUAAAUGUUGCUAAUAAGUCCCAGUAGAGGCCAUAUGGUAUUUCCCAUGUAAGUUCCUUUUUCUCCAUUACUCCUUCAGAACUAGUCCUAAAUAAGGACCACAAAUCAAUUCCCAAAUUGAAUUGUGUAUUUGGGUUAUUCUGGACACUUGUUAACUUACCUUUGUGAUAAAAUAUUUCCAAAACAGAUCAGGACAAGUUACUGCUUUCCCCCAAAGGACAGUCAGGUCAAGAGCCAAGGUAGUAGCUAACUCCUGAUGCUCUCUGAGGGCAUGGUUUAACCAAUUUGUGCGAUCAAGGUUUGGAUUUUGUAUUUGAAUUUGUAAAAUGCAUUGUAUUUCCUGACAUUUUCAGGUGAUUCUGGAAGCCUUUGUUCCACUCAGAGUAGUCAUGCUCAGAUUCUCUAUGAGACAUGCUAGUUCUAGGCUCUUUAUCUGUGCUGCAUGUAGAGUUCCGAAUUAACCCCUAUAUGCUGCGUCAUGUAUUCCCUUUAGGAUUUUUAACAAACAGUCUGAAAUAUGCCUGAUCACAGGGUACAUAGUCCAUGUGGGUGAGGGGGCAUCAGUUUGGACACUGUGAAGUGGCAUCUAGAUGAUCAGAGCUGGGUCCAUUCUAAUCUUUGUCUUCAUUGAUGCCAUGAAAUUUUGCAUAGGGAAUAAAUUGAUGCUAAAGGAAGUGGAAUUGUUGAUAUUCUUGGUGGCAGAGAGAGAAAUCAAUGAAGUGUGGUGUGACGGAAACAGAAAAACCUGGCUGUGAUUCUAGUUUACUAGCUUUGAGGUCACUGAUCCUUGCUGAGCCUGCUUUCUCUUGUGUUGAACGUGAAUAGUAAUUGCUACUAAUACACAGAAGUGUCCCAUAGCUAUUUUUGUUAUUAUUUAUGUAUUUAUAGUCAAUAUAUAUUAAUGUGUGUGUGUGCGUGUGUAUAAAUGACCCAACAAUCCAGUUGAAAUUCACAACAUCCAGGUGGGAUGGAAGUGGAUUAGGUAGACAGGUGUGACUAAAAUUCUCUUAUGGAUACAUCGAACUCUGGACUAUGCAGGUUUUGUUAAAGAUUGAAUUCCAACAAGUGAGCAAAACCUGUGUCUUUCUAUUUUGCAGCAAGUAUUUAUGAGUGCCUACUAUGACCCUGGCUUUGGGCAUAGGAAGGUAGGAGCUUAUAGAUGGUUCUGGAUAUGAGAAAACACUACUUCAUAAAGAACUCAGGUGUCCAGGCAAGUGUGAGGGAAUGGAGAUUUUUUUUUUUUUUUUUAAGAUGAGAAGCAGGAAGGGAUCAAGACAGGCCCGUUGCUCAGGAGGUGGAACCACUGCAAACAGGAGCUCAUCUAGGAGACAUAGGAGAGGAUAAGGACCAGGAUUUCAGUUUCAGACAGAAGAAGAAGGGAAGUUGGGCCUGUGGUGGGCCUGAUGGUUAGGAAGUGCACAAUGCAUGUUGGUUGAACAAAGGGAAAUUAUAGAUGGCUAGGUAAACCCCUUAGUAAUAUUCAGCGAAACUUGACCCUGAGGUUUGAACAGGGAAGCUGAGUAGUAGAAAAGAAUUCAGGCUUGGAAGUCAAAGUUCUGGGUCCAAAUCCUGCCUUUGGUCCUACUGAAUAUAUGUCUUUGGGUGAGGCACGUAACCUCUCUGAGCCUCAGUUUCCUCAUGCACAAGCUUAUAGCUCAAAAUGUUGUCCGUAAAGAGCCUGGCAUCAAGUAAGCACCUAAAAGGAAGUUGUUAGUGAUGGUGGUCACUGAGCCCUGCACUGAGAUGCACCUUCAUUUCCUUCAGCAGCACUCAAAACUGAAAAUUCCAAGAGCCUUUGGAGGAAGCUUUCUACAAUUUCCUGGUGGGAAAUGGGAGAGAGAAGAGGCUGGGCUCUUUGCAUUAUUUAUGCUAUAGAUUCUGUAGGAAUCUAUGUCUAUCUAUACUAUAGGUUCUAUAGAAAAACUGUCUUUUCCAGUUCCCAUUUGAUUUUUUUAAUUGAAAUGUAAUUCAUAUACCAUAAAACUCACCCUUUUGAAAGUAUACAAUUCAGUGGUUUUUGGUAUAUUCAUAGGGUUGUGCAACCACCACUGUUAUCUAAUUCCAGAUCCAUUAGAUUUUUAAUAUAUUCUUUAUUGUUGUUAGUAAGGUAAUCAUCUUUAUUAUAUAAAAAAAAACUUAACCGUGUGAAAGUAUAUACACCAAAAAGCAAAUGUUCUACAAAAAUGAGUAGUUUAUACAAAUGGUUGGCAUCAGACCCUUAACCUUGUCCAUCUGAGAAGCCUCUGAUGACACAGAUGCUAGGAGUACAGUGGGACAGCUGUCAGCUAGCCUCAGCACCAACAUUCCCACGAUGGUACUGAGACUUGCAGGAUCCCUUUGCCGUGGGAAUGGUAACCACCCUUCCCUGGUUGGGGAUGCUGGUUGUCAGCUCACCCACCAACCUUUGGGGAACCUUUCUGACUGCAGCCUACCCAUCCUGUGGCCCUCCACCUCCUCUGCUGCUGCAUCUGUACCUGAGUGUCUGGACCUGCCCUGCCUGUCCCUCCUUCCCAGUCCCCCUCCUGCUGCCUGACAUGGUAAGGGGUAACAGCCUGCUUCCCUUGCUCUAGUUUCUGACCUACCUCUGUGGGACAUAGCUGGCUCUGACCCUUGCUUAUAUGACCCAGCCUUGGACUGCUUUUCCAUUUCUUGUGACGCAUUCUGUAUGUAAUUCCUAAUUCCUCCUUGACUUGGACCCUGUCUUGAACCCAACACUUAGAAAACUCUGGAACUUCUAAGGCACAGUGUAGUGGUCUCUGCAACAAAGACAUUUUAGAUAUGUUCCUGGUCACCAGUAGAGCAGGAGCCACAGACUGUGAAAUGCCAUUUUCGCAGAAGCUUCAGCAUUGGAAGAAGUUACUUCAUGGCAGGGCUUUUGGGAUAAGUGUCCCUGCCUCUCUCUGUUAUUGGCCCAAGUGAGAAUACAUGAAGCACCAGCACAGUGCUAGGUUCAGAAUAAUCUCUCAACAAAUGUGGGUUUGUCUUCCUCUAGAACAUCUGAAGGUAAUUGCAUGCUAUGCAUCUUGACAUGUGAAGUAUCUUAGUCCUGAAAGACAAAAAGAGAAAAUCUUUUCCUCUUAUUACCAGUGGCAUUUUCAACUUUUACACUCUUUUUUUAGGGGGUAGGGGGUUACUUUCUCUUCAUUUAUUUAUCCAUAAGCCUCUUUCUCUUCUCAUUUUUUGUACCUCAUUCAUUCCUGCAUUUCUCCGAGGAUCUCAUGGGCUGCUGGUGGCUCACAGCCUGAGACUUCCGUUUUUCAGCUGGCUCUGGCUGUUAUGGUUCUCAGUGAAUUCUCUAGGGCAAUGGAGAGCCCUGUCUCCUGACCUUUCCUCUGUGAUUAACUUCUCCUGCUGCAGUGGUCUCAGCCGUGGAGCCCUUCCUGAUGUUUUCCAAGUCUGUCUCCUUCCGGUAGACCGAGGAGGCACAAAAGGGCGGACUACUACAGGCUUUGAUGUUGACCUUUCCAGAUUUUCAUCCAGGCUUUAUCUUUGUAACUCAUGUGUUCAUUUCAGUUGGGUUCGGUGGCUUGGAGCUCUAGAAGGCCUCUCCCCCAACCCCCAGGUUACCCCAGGAAGCCACAGGGCCACACUCAGAAGGGCAUUGUCCUCCCUCUCCCCCUUUCACCCAUGAGUGCCAGUGAUGUACAUGUGUCUCGUAUUAGCAAACCAUCUCCGGUGCCCAGCACUGCACACGCCGAGCUCCUCCACUGUUGUAAGCCCUGUGUUCUGGCUGCCGAACCUGCAGAUGGAAACUAGCCAGUCUCUGCCUCCUCUCCCUGUCUAGAAUUGCUCCUGUCCUCCAUGGGUCCUCAUCCUCUGCUAUUGCUCAUAAAUCAAGGAGGGCCAGUUGAAAACUAAGCAAGAAGUUGAGUACCUUUUCUCCUAAGACAAUCUUGAUUAACUCCUGGCAUUCAUACCCCUUCUACUUUUCAAGCCAUAUUUUCUGCCUCUCGCCAGCUGUGACCUUUGUUGAGUCACUUAACCUCUUUGAGCCGUAGGUUCCUCUGUAAAUUAUGGAGAUCAGCCUUUCAAGACUGCUGCGAGGAUGAAAUGAGGUCACCGUAGGUCCGCCCCAUAGCACCCUGUAAGUCUCCUCGCAGCCGUCUACCCAUAUACAGUAAUAUGCUUAUUUAAGGUCUGCUCUUAACUGUAAGCUCCAAAUACGAAGGGACCAGAACUGUUUUUUCUCUCCUCUCCACUCCAGCCAAUGUGGUACCAGACACAUAGUAAUAUCUGUUGAUUGAUCAGCAUAUGGAAAACACUGAUCACAUAGUGAGUGUACCAUAAGAUGUUAUCUUUCUCUUUUUCUCUUGGUUGCUUUUUCAAAAUUCAAGCUCCUGAAUGACUCUAAUUUUUCUCUGUGGACACCAUGAAUCAUGUUUUGAGCCUGUUUCCCUCUUGGGCUUGGCAGCUGGAGUGCUCAGAGUCAAAUUUGUGGCCAUCCCAGCAGGUGUGCAAAACCUCACAGCACCCAACUGAAGUGCUGAGCUCACCCCUGCUUGUGAUUUGUCCCUUUGCCCCUAUUUAUUUUCCUGCUUUUAUUGCUGUAUUGAACAUAUUCAUAUAAACAGCUUUAAAUCCUGUUUAAAACAAAAAAGAGUAUCCAUUAAUGCAUUUAAGCUAGUAAGGCAAAUGUAGUUUUAUUCUGGCUAUGAAGUGUUCACUUGCUGUUUUAUUUUUCAGCUAUAAUUAUCAAAUAACCAUUUCUUCUUUAGUGUAACAUAAUGGCUAAGAGAAGUUACUGUUAGGCAAGAGUACUAUGGGACUUUGAAGUGGAAGGAGUUGGGCUGGAAUCACCAUUAAUCACUGUGGCCGUGGGCAAGUUUCCGAGAAUCUCUUUUUUAAUCUGUAAAAUGGGUGGUGUAGAUUGGAUUAUUUGAGGAUUAAAUGAGAUUGGGUCACUGAAGCCUCCUGCACAGCCCUUGGUAUUUGGUGAGUGCUCAGUACGUAGCAGCUCCACUGUCUUUAUUCUUUCUGCUCUGCGUUAGCAAACCAUCAUGGACUCUGUGAAACAGAGUUCGGCUCUCCUGUGACUGAGAGUCAAGAAUAACCAUACAAAUUAGCAUGUGCUUUAUGCCAAAUGGGCAACCCACACAAAAGCCUCUAAAAGGGAGAUGAGCAACCACUGGGGUGAUCUGAGUGAUGGUGCUUGACGGGCAGAGCAGGUUCAGAACAUGGCCAGGCCUGGGACUGGCACAGCUGCUGGCCGGCCCUCAGGGUGCAGGUCCUAGAAAACUUCCUAACCUCCUUCCACUCCUCCUUCCACCAUCCUUGCAAAUGCUGGAUUCCUGGGAAACAAUAAGCUUGUUUUAUCUUAGCAUAACAGACUUGGGUUCUAGUCUCAGUUCUGCCAUUUACUAGCUGCGUGACCUGAAUGAGUUGUUUAGCUUCCCAACCUUUGUUUCUUCACCUACAAAAUGAUGGUAAAUAAUAAUACCUACCUCAGUGUUGUCGUGAGAAUCCAAGAGAAAACUCCCUGUCGAGCCCUUAGCCUGGUGCUGGCUCACAGCAAAAGUGCAGUGAAGGCUGACUGCUCUCAUUGGCUCCCUGUGCAGCACUGGCCAUUAGAUUAGCCUGUAGACCAUCUAUCUGGUCACUCUCAGUAAGACUCAAACUAUGAGUAUUUGUGUUCUCCAACAAGAUGCGUCGUAUGAUUUUCAUUUAUGUUCUUUCUCCCAUUCUUUUGUCCUUUAACCUCUCUAACAAUGUCAGGCCUCAUUAUUUCAGAGCAGAAUUUAAAACUCUAAGACAAGCAGUGUUUAUGCUUUUGUUUCUUUUCAGAAAAGAAAAAAAAAUGCAAUAGCAAAUGAAUAAGACCUCUUUCAGAGUUUUCUUUUCCUUUAAAAAUGGCAAACUGAGGAAAGGCUUGUGAGAUCCCCUUUGCCUAUCAGGGUAUUUGGUUAGGAAGGUAACGCCUUUGGUGUGCCUCUAAGAGGUGAGGUGGAUACUGUGAUGUGUAAAUUGUAAUGCUGACUAUGCAUUUAUAUGGGGAAAAAAAAAGAAAAACAGUGGACCUUCCAAAUCCCUGGGCUGCUCUAAUCUAAUUCCUUCUAGAGAUCUAAGAGGUGUUACUUACCUGGGGGUGGGAACCUUUCUACUCCCACCCACUGCUCUCCUCUUCUCCCCUCCCCCUUUGUCUUGGGAAGCUGUAUUUUGUAUAUUUGAGCAGCCAGUGUCCCUUUAUUUCACCUGACUCUUUUCCAGUUAGUAACCACUUACCUCAGGGGAACAUAAUUAAGAGGGUUCUAGUUAUCUGGGGGAAAGGAAUUAAACAAAUUGUGAAAGUGCAAUAAUAAUGAACAUGGACUACAGGGCCAUUAAUAAGUCUGCAGUAUCCAUAUUCAUUGCUAGGAAUGAGCUCUCGCUGCAGGACAUACCUGUAAGAGAAGCGCUCUGCAUCACAGGCCCAGAAUUUGUAAGAGGAUUGGGUGGAUAGACUCCUUGGCAUACCAGCACUCCUUUCCUCUGGGCUGAAGUACUGGGUAUGUGCUAUGGGACAGCAUGGACACAUACCUUUCAGGUAAAGGUCAUUAUAUUGUCAGUUCCCUGACACAAGCAGCAGAACCCCUUUCCUUUGCAGGAGAGCAGGAAGAAAGAAUAGCUUUUAUUCUUCCAGGAUGUAAUUGACGAAGUCAGCGCAAUAAUUCCCCAAGAACAAAGGCCCGGUACAGAUAUAUCCUGUUCUGCUAUUCAGAGAUGUACAAUGGCAUCCCACAAUCGCUGUCAGCCAUAGGGCAGUUGUGACACAGUUGUCAUGGCCUGCCUACACAUGGACUUGGUCAUAGCUGUUAAUUUUCUCACCGCUUUAAUUUAAUUAUGUGUGUUGUUGGUUCUGCCUAUGUAGUGUCUGAUUGCCGUUUAAAAUGUCUUCAAAAUUGCACUCAGAUUCAACGUUGAAACGUGAAAUCACUGUGAAUACUGAAAGGGACCAGAGCAGAGAAGCAUGGUGUUCAUCUGCUGUUAGUGAAACAGGUGUUUGCAUUCAUAUUUUCUUGAAAAGCAACAAACAAGUUCUUUUAGGACCUUAUAAAGGAAGAUAGGAUCUGGUAGAUGAAGUUUCAUUACGUUUUGUUACUAGGAAACCCUUGAUGUCAGGACACCUUGACAUUGAUGACUCUGAAUCAGAAAAUGAUUCAGAUGAGUCAGACUCUGAGUGUGAAGAAGCUUUUUAGGAAUAGUGUAACCACUUAAUUUUGCUGUAUUUUUCUUUUAAUAUAUGCCCAAGACUGAUAAGUGGUUUUUAAAAUGUGUCAUUCUAAAUGAUAAGAAAGUAAUGAAUCAUAGUUUUCUUGGUAGUUUUUAUAUUGUUGGUGGUAUGUAAACUCGAGAGUAAAGAUUGCCUUCUGAAGAAAGUGAUAGGCAAUCCUGCUGAACUCAGUACGUAGGCAGGUGACAGGAUAGUGUGCGUGGAUUCGGAGACCCAUGUGUAGAGAUGAUGGACAUCAAGCACUUCACACUCCUCAUGGGGUCUCGACCAUCCUCCUCAAGGGUUUACCAGAUAUCCAUCAGAACCAGGGAAGGAACAAGAAACCAUUCUUUGGGCGAUAAGAGAAUGAUCCAGAGGUGCCAGCCAUGCCAAGGGCUUGAAGAGAACCCAUUUAGACAUGAUGACAGUCACUUACCGAGCCUCCCAUGUGCUGCUCCUGUGCUAGGCGCUUCAUAGGUUAUCUCUAAUCCUCGCAACAAUCCUGGAAAAUUUCUACUGGGGCAGUUACUGCCCUUUUAGAAAAUACUUUACCAAGAUAUAACCAAAGAUUUAAAAAGUCAGUCCUGCCCUUUGACUUAGUAUUUCCAUGUUUGGGAAUUCAUGCACAUAAAGUUGUUUAUUUUCAUUAUAAUGUUACUCAUACUGAAAAGUUAAAAGUGACUUAAUGUCUAACUCUAGGAAUAGGGUUCAGUAAAUUAUGCUGCCUCCAUACUUGGUGGAAUAUUACGUAGUCUUUAAAAUAAUAAUCACAAAGAUUGUGUAUAAUAUGGGAAAUGUUAAUGUAGCCAGUGAGAAAACAGUAAAAUAUAUGCACUCUAUAAUUUCAAAGAUAUAAAAAUGUUUUUUAAUGUGGGCCACUAUUAGAAGAAUAAUACAAAAGUAAAAGUACUUGUGUUAAGAUGACGUGAUCAUGGGUGAGUGUUUUUCCCCCUAAAAUUUCUCUUUACAAUAAAAAGCCAAAGAAAAGAGGUUUCCACAGAAAAUGAGUCAGUAGCUACAAUAACUAUUGAGGUAUAUUGAGAAUAGAAAUUGUUUUCAGAACACACCUAGAAUUACCCAGUUAGGUAUUUGCUACAUUGAGAUGUUAAAGAGACUCUGGGUUUCUUUUUUUUCCCUCUUCCCACUUGAAUUUGUAAUUAGUAUAUUUGCAGAGCAAAAAUACAGUAGAUUCAGGGAAGUAUUUGAGGCUUUGUAAGCAAAUGAUGACAAUGUAAAAGGUAUUUGUCCAAAUUUGCAUUCAUACAAAACAUGGAGCUGCUGUGAUUUCAGAAUAAAUGUGUUUUAAAUAUUUUCUAAAUACAGAGCUGUUGCAGCCCUAACAAUACUUGGCUAAGAAACUUCAUUUCUAUGAUAGGCCAUGAUUACUCUUUGAAAAAUUAUUGGGCUUAAAUACUGCCUACCUGGCAAUAACUGAAGAGUGUGUCCCGCUUUGUCCCUUCUUGCAUCUGCAGUCACUUCUGUAACACUCCUUUUUCCUCUCUUCCAAGGUAUCACUGAUUUUUAUUGCAGAACAAAAGGGCAUGGCAUUAAAACCUACAUAUUCAAAAUUCUACAAAAUAUUUCUUUUUCUGGUAAGAGCCUAUGUUAAAUUAUACAGAGGCUUUUGCUGUGGGUAUUUAUUUUCACCUGUUUCUCACAGUUGUUUGAAUGUCUUUUUCUGUACAUUAAUUGAUUUGUUGGAACUUCAGUUCUGAAAUUUGAAUUAAAACUCAAGGUCAUUGGUCAAUUACAUGAUUGAAUGUAGGAGCUGGAAAAGUUGAUAAGAUUUGGCUAAAUAUCAUGGAUUUGAAUUUUUCUCCCUUCUAUGUGUUAGGCUCUACUUCUGGACACAUUAAUAAGUGGCCAUUUUUCUGGAAUUUUGCACUCUUCCUGCUUCCUUUCAUUGCAUUAGGCUAGGUUCCACUAGAUGAGACAUUUGCAGUCAGAAGACUUCCUGCCAGGGUUCAGACUUUGUAUUUUUGACAUUGAAGCUGUCGUGUUCCUGAAGCUACUUAAUUAGAAACACAUUCAUUUCAGUGUAUACUGGAAAAAGCUUGGACAGCAGAGCCAGGCACACUGGGAAGUUUGAGCAUUUGUGUAGCUGGCAGCUAAACUAAUGGUUUACAGUUUAAGGGGAAAAAAUAUCAUAGGGCAUUUCCUUGCCCUAAGAAGCAAAGAAAAGUUGAAUGUGCACAGCAGAUACCUUUUUUUAAAAAGGAGAGAAGAAGAAGAAAGAAAAGACAACUCCACUUUCACUGCAGUUGUGUGUAUAAUUCUUUCUUGGCUAUUAUCAAAUACAAAAGUCUUCCACAAGAAUAGUUCCCAAACUGUGCUGCUAAUAUUCAAGUCUGUUUUACAGGCUCCCAAGAUAUAGUACUGCUGAGAUUUGUAGUAAAAAGGACAUUUCAUAUUCUGGGGAAGGAUUUUUGCCUGAAGAAUUUUAUUUGUUGAAUGGUAAUGAGGGAAUUGUGCCCUUUCUUAUUUUUAAAUGUUUGAGCAAUUUUAAAAUCCACAUCUGAUGUUUAAAAACCUUCCUUGCCUAUCCAUUGCUUUCAGGAUAAAGCCUAAACUCCUUUGUUUGCAAACAAACCUUUCCUUUCUCUUUUCUUCCCACUCCUUGUUUCCCCAUCCCUGUCCCCAAGAAAGCCAUCCUUGUAGGUCCACUUCCACUCCCCCUUGCUGCCCCAGAGGAAAGGGUACCUGGUCAUCUCAGUCUGAGCCAGGUGUCUUUUCUCUAGGCUCAUGAAAUUCCCUCUGCACCUUUCAGAGGAAGGUAUCACAUACUGGAGAGACAUAGAGAAAACUUGCCAGUUGCUCUUUUCCUCCCUAUUCCUUGACCUCCCUCCUCUACCCCCAAGAAAAAUGUAGUAUGGGAGGUAGGCCCCAAGGUUUUAGGUUUGGUCUUACAGGCUUUAGGUACGGUAUUAUUGUACUGACACUCUGGAAGUCAGUGUGGCACAGAGGAAGAAUCUUUGGAGUCAAAUCCUAGGUUUGCUACUUACUUGGUUUUGUGGCAUUGGAUAAGUGAUUGAAGCCCUCUAGGCCUGUUUCCUCCUUGGUAAAAUGGGGUAAACACCUACCUUGCAUGGUGGUUGUGUGGAUUAGGAAGGGUGAAUUUGACGUUCCUCGUAUAAUGCCUAGCACAUUUAUCACUGGUAAGUAGCAUCAUAAGUGAUGAUGCGUGUUUGCACGUAUACACAUGCACACAGACUCCUGAAACCAAAGGAGAUCAAUCCACAAUGCCCAGGUUUUAAAACCUUUGGAAUUGGGUUCUCAUCUCCUGCUGAGUUGCUAGCUUAGGAACUGAAUGCUCUGUGAGUGAAGCAGUUGGAAGGGGCUUUAUGAGUUGUAGUGUCAUCUGGUGGUAUGUGUGCACCUGGGGAGGAGAUGCUUGCUGGCAGCUCUCCAUGUACUUUGUCCAAUCAGAAUGGACAGUUUGAUCACAUGUCUUUGGUGGCAGAAGGAAACAGCAAAUAAAAAAUCAUUCUUCUUUGACACACGUUUUGCCCUCCAUUCAACCUUGUUAACUGUGUCUUCUGUUGUAAUCAUGGCAAUAAUAGUUCCCAUUUGUACCUGGAACUGCACUAGUUUCUCAAUGUAUAUUUUCUCUCAUUCUGAUAGCAACCUGCCAGUUCUCUUCCCAGAUCCCAUUUUAAAGAUAAGGCAACUGAGGCUGUGCAGUUGCAUAGCUGCUAUUUAGGGACUAACGCCUAAACUGAUGCUCUUCCUGUGCUGCCUGCAUUUUGAAAUUCUUCUGAAAUUUCUAGGCUUGGGAACAAAAUGUCAUAUUAGGAUUUUUGUUGUGAAAGAAAAUGUAACUGUGCAUACGUUUAUUAAAACAGUUUUUCUCCAAAUAGUGAACCAUCUGUAAUUUUCUGCCGGAAGCAACAGACAUUAAAGCAGCUGUGUGUCUCUGUUUCUCU